UGUGGGAGUCGAAGCUGGCUCCGACCCGUCGCCAUUCCGCCGCGGGCGACUGUCUCGCCAGGACUGAGCAGCCAGGCGCGAGAGAAAACAAACAGCUGGGGCUGCGAGCGCCCCCGCCCCGGCCUCGAGAGCUCGCCGGACCCGGCUCCCACCCUGGGCGCCCGGCCGCCCACCAUGAGGAAGAUCCGCGCCAAUGCCAUCGCCAUCCUGACUGUAGCCUGGAUCCUAGGCACUUUCUACUACUUAUGGCAGGACAACCGAGCCCACGCAGCAUCCUCUGGCGGCCGGGGCGCGCAGAGGGCCGGCGGGAGGCCAGAGCAGCUGCGCGAGGACCGCACCAUCCCGCUCAUUGUGACAGGAACACCCUCAAAAGGCUUUGAUGAGAAGGCAUACUUGUCAGCCAAGCAGCUGAAGGAGGGAGAGGACCCCUACAGGCAGCAUGCCUUCAACCAGCUGGAGAGUGACAAGCUGAGCCCAGACAGGCCCAUCCGGGACACUCGCCAUUACAGUUGCCCGUCUGUGUCCUACUCCUUGGACCUGCCGGCCACCAGCGUCAUCAUCACCUUUCACAACGAAGCCCGCUCCACGCUCCUGCGCACCGUGAAGAGUGUCCUGAACCGAACUCCUGCCAACUUGAUCCAGGAGAUCAUCUUAGUGGAUGACUUCAGUUCAGAUCCUGAAGACUGCCUGCUCCUGACCAGGAUCCCCAAGGUCAAGUGCCUGCGAAACGACCGGCGGGAAGGACUGAUCCGAUCCAGGGUUCGCGGGGCAGAUGUGGCCGCAGCUGCCAUCCUGACCUUUCUGGACAGCCACUGCGAAGUGAACACCGAGUGGCUGCAGCCCAUGCUGCAGCGGGUGAAGGAGGACCACACCCGUGUGGUGAGUCCCAUCAUUGACGUCAUCAGUCUGGAUAAUUUUGCCUACCUGGCAGCAUCCGCUGAUCUUCGUGGAGGAUUUGACUGGAGCCUGCACUUCAAGUGGGAGCAGAUCCCUCUAGAGCAGAAGAUGACCCGGACAGACCCCACCAGGCCCAUCAGGACACCUGUCAUAGCUGGAGGAAUCUUCGUGAUUGACAAGUCUUGGUUUAACCACUUGGGAAAAUAUGAUGCCCAAAUGGACAUCUGGGGGGGAGAGAACUUCGAGCUCUCCUUCAGGGUGUGGAUGUGCGGUGGCAGUUUGGAGAUCGUCCCCUGCAGCCGGGUGGGCCAUGUGUUCAGGAAGCGGCACCCCUACAACUUCCCUGAGGGCAAUGCCCUCACCUACAUCAGGAACACCAAGCGCACUGCAGAGGUGUGGAUGGAUGAAUACAAGCAGUACUACUACGAAGCCCGGCCCUCGGCCAUCGGGAAAGCCUUCGGCAGCGUGGCCACACGGAUCGAGCAGAGGAAGAAGAUGGACUGCAAGUCCUUCCGCUGGUACCUGGAGAACGUCUACCCCGAGCUCACUGUCCCGGUGAAGGAAGUGCUCCCUGGCAUCAUUAAGCAGGGGGUUAAUUGCUUAGAAUCCCAGGGCCAGAACACAGCUGGGGACUUUCUGCUUGGAAUGGGGAUCUGCAGAGGGUCUGCCAAGAAUCCCCCACCAGCCCAGGCAUGGCUAUUCAGUGAUCAUCUCAUCCAGCAGCAGGGGAAGUGCCUGGCUGCCACCUCCACCUUAAUGUCCUCUCCCGGGUCCCCAGUCAUACUGCAGGUGUGCAACUCAAGAGAAGGCAAGCAGAAAUGGAGGAGAAAAGGGUCUUUCAUCCAGCAUUCAGUCAGCGGCCUCUGCCUGGAGAUGAAGCCUGCCCAACUGGUGACCAGCAAGUGCCAAGCCGAUGCCCAGGCCCAGCAGUGGCAGCUGCUGCCACACACAUGACAGUAGCCCCAGGGCCUCCUGUACCUUUUGCAUGAGACUUUGGGACCGGAGGGGGAUUGGGGUGGGAGUGUCAAGCGGGCCGUUUCCAUCUCCUCACAUUUCUGCGGAGUCAUCAGCAAACACCCCUGCCACGACACACAUUACUCCAAAGCUUGUUCCGGGGAGAUGCCGAGGGCACACCCAGUGUCCUUUGUGCCACCCUGGCCUUGCCCCGGGAGAGGAGAUGGUCAGGGUGCCAGGCUAUUGCUGGCUAGGGACUGGGCAGGUGCCCCUGGCCCUUUGUCCUCUCCCGGGGCCCUACAUGGGACUCAAACAGUGCUGUAUGGGCCCUCCCCCUGUUGCCCGGGGGUGCGAAGGACAGAGGCCCACAGAGGGACCAAGUGGGGAUGGGGGCCUACUAGUGGGGACAGCCUUAGAGGAGAAAAUGGGCAGGCUGUAGAGAGGCUUAAGGCUGAGAAGAGAGGGAAAGAGAGAGAGGGCCACCUGCAGGGGCAGAUAGAGAACCAGGAGGAGCUGAGAAGCUCAGGGCCCUGAGAGAUGCCAAACCCAAGGGUUGGGUGUGGGAGGGGCGGGAUCCUGGGAGCAAGGGAUGGAGAAUUCGCAGAAUACAGAUGGAGGAGCAGCAAAACAACAAAAGAACAAGGUUUCUUCCCCAGAAGUGUCCCACCCACACUUCCCAAUCCCAAGACCUGUGCCCACAUGCGCCUCCAGCCUGAACCCUGUGGGUGCCCACAGUUGUAGCAGGAGGCUGCAGAGGGAUCUUUAAGGGCAGACUUGGGGUGCAACUUAUUCAACAAACUCUACUUCUGUUUGGCCCUGUGUCAGGCUGAGACCUCUCUCACGGACCUUAAUGACAUCUGGUGCCCUGUCUCUCCUCCUGGGUCCAAUGGGGAAACAGGUAGCCACCAUGCACCCUUGCGCAACCCCACCCUUGUUUGUGGGUUUAAACCUUGCUUUCUCAAAGUACUUUGCCUCUGUAAAUAUAGCACAUCGGGUGACUGAUAAGAAUGUGACCUUUCAGAGCAUGAACAUCCCCUGAGUCACUAGGAGCUAGUUGCCUGGCCAAACCACAUCCUUGGUCCCUUGUCCUUACAGGAGGGAUUCCCUUGAUCAGGAGGGAUUCCAUUGCACUCUGCGGGAAGCUGGCUGGUGGCUCCCGUUUGUGUGGAGAACUCCCAGUUCCCCUGUGGCCUUGUCUUGAGAUUCCUGCUGCUCUUCCCUUCAGCACCUGACCCUGGCCACUGGCUUGGGCAGUAUGAUCUUGGGAAAAAAAACUGUUGGUACCAGGACCCCUGGGGUCUCCAUCCAAAAGCAAACCAGCCUGGGGUGGACAUUCCUACCUCAGGAGCACUCAAUCUUUCAUAGAAGAGACACAUUCUAGGGAGUUCAUGCAUUCUAGAAGGUCUAGGAAUUUCCAGAAAUUGUCCCCAAUAUGGUGUGUGUGUGUGUGUGUGUGUGUGUGUGUGUGUGUGUGCGUGUGUGUGUGUGUGUGUGUGCGUGUGUGCGUGUGUGUGUGUGUAUCUUCCUGGAGAGAGAUCCAGGAAAAGAGGGAUUUCUCUAGCUUCUUAAGGAGGUCCCUGGUCCCAAAGGGUCUAGGCCUCUGCUCUGGAUUGGAGCUACCAUCUAUCUGAGUUGCAGCCCCCCAAACUCCCUCCUACUGCACCCAAACUGCCAUCGCCUUGUUCCUCCACACGGCCCUUGGGGUUGAAAGCCAAGUGUUCGUGGUCCCCAGCACCCACACCGGAGGGUUCUCCAGCAGUGUCCUCUUGCCUCCUGGCUCUCACCAGCACACUCCAGUAGUGGUACUGUGCCCAGGUUCGAGUGCACCCGUGGACUCACGGCGUGGGGGUCCUUUGCCUCGAUGGCCACACUUCUCCCAUUCUCCGUUGUGGAGUUUCAUCCGCCGCCAUCUGCAAGCCUGGCUUCAGAUCCCUGUUCAUCCGGGAAGCUCCUGCUGCAGCCUAGGACAGAACCAGGGUUGGGGCGGCGUCCUCUCCCUAGAGCCUAGGCCGUGUCCGGCAUGGACCUUUGGGGCCGGGAGCACGGGCUUCUCUUGAAUGUAAGGACUGCUGCUCAGAGAGCCUUUGAGAGGGUCGCACCUCGUUUCCAUGGUCAGCCAGGCUCUGGACUUCUCAGCUGUCCUGGGUGGGGACUCGGCCCAUUCUGUUUUUGCUUUUCCUCUUCUUGACCAAAGCAUGUGCCACUAGCUGCCCUCGAGGACAUUGUCUUUAUGAAACCACACCUGGAAUAAAACCACUUCUUACAUGUUCACGUG